GAUGGGCGUGACAAUGGGCUGUCUGGACCACGAUUAGUCUCCUCAAGGAGUAGCUUAUCAUCCGCACAUUCGUGCAGCUGAUGACAACUGAGAGGCGAUGCGACCCGCUGGGUGUAGUGACCGUGCCAUAAAACUUAUCCUCAUAAACGAUGUCUCCACAGCGCAACGCCCAGGUUUGAGAGCGCACGGGGAUUGACAGUCCAAGGGAAUCUACGUCAAAAAAAGGGUCGUCCAUCGCAAACAUCAGCGGCUGUGAGUCUGCGUUGAGUGCGGUGGGCAUGGUGUUGGAGGGGAGCUCGGAGGCCCUGUGCCCCCCACCCUCGCUGGAGCUGCGGCCGUCCUGCAACAAGGGCCAGCCCUCGCCCCCCCUGGGCUCCGGAUCGCAGCCCCUCGACAGCCUCUUCUCCGGGGACAAGGACAAGGACAAGGAGCCCGUCAAGUAUGGGGAGCUCAUCGUCCUGGGGCACAACGGCUCGCUGGCUAACGGGGAUAAGGGUCGGCGCCGCAGUCGCCUGGCGCUGUACAAGCGGCCCAAGGCCAAUGGCGUCAAGCCGGACGUCAUCCACAACGUCUCCACGCCACUGGUGUCCAAGGCCCUCAGCAACAAAAGCCAGCACAGCAUCUCCUACACGUUAUCCAGGAGUCAGUCCGUGAUAGUCGAGUACACGCACGACUCCAACACAGAUAUGUUUCAGAUCGGCCGUUCCACAGAGAGCAUGAUCGACUUUGUGGUGACGGACACAGUGGGCAGUGGAGGAGGAGGUGGAGGUGGUGGUGGUAGCGGAGGUGGAGGAGGUGGCGGCGGAGGAGGUCAAGGUUCAGGAGGAGACGGUGGAGGUGGAGGAGGAGGAGGAGGGGGUAACGGGCAGUCGGCCCAGAGCACGAUCUCGCGCUAUGCCUGCCGCAUCAUGUGCGAACGCAGCGCCCCCUACACCGCACGCAUCUACGCUGCCGGGUUCGACUCCUCCAAGAACAUCUUCCUCGGGGAGAGAGCUGCCAAAUGGCGAACGUCAGACGGCUUGAUGGACGGCCUGACGACCAAUGGGGUUCUGGUGAUGCACCCGGCCGGGGAGUUCGUGUCGGAGCCGGCGCCCGGCGUGUGGCGGGAAAUCUCCGUCUGCGGGAACGUCUUCGCCCUCCGAGAGACGCGCUCCGCCCAGCAACGGGGAAAACUGGUGGAGAACGAGUCCAACACGCUGCAGGACGGCUCCCUGAUCGACCUGUGUGGCGCCACGCUGCUGUGGCGGACGCCGGCGGGCCUGCGCCACACGCCCACCCUCAAGCAGCUGGAGUCGCUGCGGCAGGAGCUGAACGCGGCGCGGCCCCAGUGCCCCGUGGGCUUCAACACGCUGGCCUUCCCCAGCCUGGCGCUGGCGGCCACGCAGCGCGCCACCGUGGACAAGAAGCAGCCCUGGGCCUACAUGAACUGCGGCCACGUGCACGGCUACCACAACUGGGGCUUCCGCAAGGAGAAGGGCGGCACGGUGGGGGGCAUGGGCACGGCGCCGGCGGGCACGGGGGAGCGGGAGUGCCCCAUGUGCAGGCGCGUGGGCCCCUACGUGCCCCUGUGGAUGGGCUGCGAGGGCGGCCUGUACCUGGACGCCGGCCACCCCACGCACGCCUUCUGCCCGUGCGGCCACGUGUGCUCGGAGAAGACGGCGCAGGGCUGGAGCCAGAUCCCGCUGCCGCACGGCACGCACGCCUUCCACGCCGCCUGCCCCUUCUGCGGCACCUGGCUCACCGGCGAGCACGGCCACGUCAGGCUCAUCUUCCAGGGGCCGGUCGACUGAGAGAGAGAGGCAGGGAUGGGGGCGGGGGCGGGGGGAGGGCACAACCAGUCACACCCUCCAAUGGGCCAACGGGGGGGAGGGCACAACCGGUCACACCCACCCCAAGGGCCACCAACAAAUGAUCCCACACUAUCGAAUGAGACGCGGUAUGGGGACACCAAAUCCAUGCACCCAAACACUUCACCACACCCAUCUUCCAGGGGCCUAUCGACUGAGAGAGACGCGGGAUGGGGGUGGGGGAGGGCACAACCAACCAGUCACACACCCCAUGGGCAGCCGGGGGGGAGGGCACAACCAACCAGUCACACCCACCCCAAGGGCCACCAACAAUGAUCCCACACAAUGGAAUGAGACACGGUAUGGGGGCAAGCAACAAAUCCAUCCACCCUACCACUUCACCAUACCCAUCUUCCAGGGGGGUGGACUAAGAGGUAGGGAUAAGGGAGGCGGCUACAAAAACAAUGUAUGUGUGUGGGGG